AUGUCGGACAACGAGGAAGUGGUGGAAGAAUACGAGGAGUAGGAGGGGGUAGAGGAGGAGGUGCAGGAGGAGGAGGAGGAGGAGGUGGAGGAAGAGGCCCCACAGAAGGAAGACAAACCUGCAACAGACGAUGAGGCUGAUGAAGAACAAGAUGGAGAGGGGGAAGCGGAGGAGGGAGAAGAAGAGGAGGCCAAGCCAAAAUUCAAGCCAUUUAUCAUGCCCAACCUAAUCCCUCCCAAGAUCCCAGAUGGAGAGAAGGUGGAUUUUGAUGAUAUACAUCGUAAGAGGAUGGAGAAGGACCUGAUGGAGCUUCAGACUUUGAUUGAGGUUCACUUCGAAAGCAGAAAGAAGGAAGAAGACGAACUAAUUAAUCUCACGGAAAGGAUUGAAAAGCGCCGUUCGGAGAGAGCAGAGCAGCAUAGAAUCCGCAGUGAGAGAGAGAAGGAGCGACAGAAGCGUCUUGAGGACGAAAGAACCCGCAAAGAGGAGGAGGAGGCCAAGAAGAGAGCAGACGAUGAUGCCAAGAAAAAGAAAACCCUGACCAGCCUGCACUUUGGAGGUUACAUGCAGAAGUUGACAGAGAAAAGGAGUGGUAAGAGGCAGACUGAGAGGGAGAAGAAGAAGAAGAUCCUCAGUGACAGACGUAAAUCUCUGGACAUUGAGCACUCAAGCCAAGAAAAACUCAAGGAGAAAGCUAAGGAGCUGUGGGACUGGAUGUACAAGCUGGAGGCAGAGAAGUUUGAACUGCAGUACCAGUUUUCCAGACAGAAAUACGAGAUAAAUGUGCUGAGGAACCGUGUCAGUGACCAUCAGAAAACGUACAAGAGGACCAAGAGAGGGCUAAGGAAAUAG